GGGCAUCACCUGUCCUCAACAACAAGGGAACACUUGCGACUUCCUCGCUUGACCCGUUCCUCACCCACCCAGCCAGCGCUUAUUGACCGAACCAUCCUUAAACGUCCACCACCAAGAACAGCUGCCCACCAUGAAGUUUCAAGCAUUCGCACUGAGUCUCCUCGCGGCGAGCGGUCUUGCGAGCCCCGUCCCGCAGGACGUCCGCCAACCGCUCUACACGCUGCGGCUCUCCUCCCCCGUCCCCGCCCUAGACGGCGCCUACCUCACCCUCUCCCCAAAAAACGCCACGCAGGUGGGGGUCUACCCGCCGGCGUCGGCCGAGGACGCGCAGAUCCGGUUCCACGCGGUGCAGGACCCGGCGACGGGGCGCGCGGAGCUGCGCACGACCAACAUCCCGACGACCGGCAUGCGCGGCACCGUGCUGGCGCUCGUCGGCGGCGGCCUGCUGGACCUCGCCAGCCUGCAGGACCCGGCCGCCGUUCCCGUGCCCGCCGGCGGCGUCUGCGAUUGGACGUCCUUCCGGCUUGGGGACGGGGAAGGGGAGGGCAAGAGGAUCGUGUACGUCGGUAAGGAUGGUCAGGCUGCGGGCACGUGGGUUGCGUUUCCUGAUGGGGAGGCCGGAGCCGGGUGGAGUGUGAAGUGGAAGGAUGACAACGCAGUGACGACGGAAAAUUACAUGCCUGUUCAGCUGGUGUACGAGCCCGUCCAGGAUUCUGAGUGAGAAUGAGCGGAGUGCUGGAGCCACGGGCGGACGGGAACAGCUUACCGGUAUGGGUUGUUGAAACAUAGGUAAAAAGUUUAUUAUGCACUAUAACGCCUCAGCUGGUGUAUUGCUGCCAUUGGUUUUGCCGGGCUUGCCUUUUGAUCGCAACGAUCGUCGGCCAUUU